CAGUCACGCACUUGUCAUUUGUAGCCUUCCAACAUGCCCCAAGACCCGUCGACUAAGUCACACGAAGAUCAGAUUCUUCCUUUCAAGAUCAAUCCAAUAGGCAUCGACGGUUCUAAGUCAUCCCCACAGAACACUACGACUGCUGUACCGUCAGGCUCGACACUCUCCACACAUGACCGUCGCACCGAUCUGUACAUACCUCUGCUUGCGGCGUCUUAUCGGAACAGCGAUGAUGACCUGGACAUUCCUUCUACUACGCCUGAGUAUCUUGCCUUUGAGCUGAAUGUGGAUCGACUCAAUGCGAUCCACAAACGGCUUUGGGCUGUCGGCCGUCCAAUGCCACCACGUGCAUUGCAUCAUCAGAGAGUAUUGGGCCGUGAGAUCGUCUUGACGGAGCGAAUGGACAUGCAUCUCGUAUGGUCUGGAUCUCGAAUAUUCCUCAAGCCAAUACCGCGUUACCUGCUCGAGGCAAAGUUUUGGGCAGACCAUUUGAGUUGCAAGGACAAGUGCUAUGCAUCACACUCGAUGCAAAGGCAGAUUGACGAACCCGGCUUCUGCGAGACGCAACGACUGCGAAGAUGUGCGCUUGGGUUUCUGGUAUCAUAUGCUGCACUAAUCUCCUACGAGAGUGACUUUCAUAUUGCGCGCGAGAACAAUCUACUACCCAAAGAGGUGGAAUGGUUGUCCUGGAAGACCUUUGUAAAAGAGAUCUUGCAAGUCAGACCAAUCUACACACAUGUCAAUAAGCGAUUCGUCUAUGGAGAGCUUCGUCUCAAUAGACUCAAUACAAUGUAUCGACUUGGAAGAGGCCUGGUUCGCGGCUAUCAUUCGGGGUACAGUCAGUACGGCACUUUCUUUCAAGCCAACUUCACUUGGCUAGCCUCGUUGCUAGCAUAUGUUGUUAUCAUUCUGGCAGCAAUGCAGGUCGGAUUAGGUACCACAGUCUUACAGGAGAGCGAGGAAUUUCAAACGGCCUCGUAUGGUUUUACCAUCUUCGCCAUUGUGGGCCCUCUGGCGGCUGUAGCUCUUAUAUUCGGAGUUUUCCUGAUAGCUUUUGUCGGCAACUGGGUUCACACAUCAAACUACGAGAGAAAGAGGCUGAGUCUCAUCAACAAGGUUGGAAAACCGGCUUAGGCAGUCCUUAUUGUCCCCGGACCAUUGAAGAGAGUGCUUCUUGACGGAGUAACGAACAUAUACCCGUGAAGUUAUUUAUUUGAACAAAGCUAUAGCGAUUCUGCGUGAUACAAGGCCGAUAGAGUAGCGCUGCUUUUCGAUCCCACUGGGGGAUUUUCUCUUGUGUAGUCUCCAGUUCCC